AUGGGGGAACACAUCGAAAGGGAUGGUGUGAGAUCGAUAGGGCAAAGGGGCAGGAGCCCGGGUGUGUUUGCUGUUGGUGCGGUGCUGAGCCAGCAGGGGUCCGCGGGGGGCCAGAUGGCGGAGGCGGGCAGGGGUUACCGGCUGUUCGAGUCGUUCGCCAAUAGGCGGAACGGCGGGCGGGGCGUGGAGGUGGUUGGGAGGGACGGGCCACUGUACUUUAGGUUCGACCUGACCCUGGCGGACGACCUUGGGGAUGCGGGCAGGCACGGCGACCUCGUGGGAGAGCAGCUGGGGGAGGGCGGCGCGCACUUCUUGCUGGGAUCGGGCCCCGGAUUCGCGGAGGAAGAGUCCGCCAGGGCGGAAGAUGCGGGCAGGAUUGUUGUGCACUGCUGCGCCGGGAAUGAGAGCGUGUUCAGGGAGGGCAGGCGGCGCGUGUUCGGGGUGGCCGUGAGCAGACGGCGGUACGCGGAGCUGGCGAUCAAUCACAUGAACCUCAACGGCCUGCGGCGGGUGGCCGUCGUCACCGACGGUGCGCGUGAGACGUCGGCCGGUGUCUGCGAUGCGGGGGUCGAGGCAGUGCGGCGGUACCAGGAGAGGGUAAACAAGGAGGGGAUGGAGGUUGUGGGCGGCGUCGCGGACGUCGGGAGCGAUGGAGGGGGGGACGUGGGCCGCGUGGCGAUCGAGGAAUUCGCGGCCAAGGCGAGGGGCUCUGGCGCGGAGGCCGUGCUGGCGUGCCUCUCCGAAGGGCAGGGCCGGAUGCUGGUGGAUGAGUUUGAGAGGAUCAGGUAUCCCUUGAAAGCGUUCUUCCUGACAGACGGCCCCGCCGACGACGACUGGGUGCGAGGCGCGCAGAGCCCGCAGCGCGUCGAGAACCUCCUGAGCGCCGCGCAGUGGCACAGCAGCGUCGACAGGCACGACGACUUCUUCUCCUCAUCCAGGGCCUACUCCGACGCAUUCCGAGCCCAGUAUGGCACGCGGCCCACGGAUUGGGCCGCGGCGGCCUCCGCGGCAGGCUACGCCCUCGCCAGGGCCAUCCAGAACGCCUUCAGAAGCUGCGACGUGCUGCCCACCGGCGGGGAUCCCGACGAGCUGCUCUUCGGCUCGCUGGACUGCUCGGACGGUGGCCGGGAGACCGGAUACGAGAGGGUCACCCUGGCGCUGGCCGGGCUCGACGUCGACACCUUCUUCGGCAAGAUCCGGUUCGACAUGCUGGGCAGAAACAUCGGCAAGCACCCCAUCACGACGCAGGUGCACCUGGACGCGAAGGGGGUGGCUAGGGUGGAGGCGGUGCUGCCCGUGGCGGCCGCCACGACCAACCUGGUGCUGCCAGCCAGGAACCGGUUCAGGGAGGUCUGCAGGGAGGGGCAGUUCUUGUCAAGGGCGGCGGAGGACUGGCUGGACCCGUGCCGGCCCUGCGAGGUGGGCAGGGUGUCCAUCGGCAUGGACGAGCCCACCUGCCGCGGCUGCGCGCCCGGCCUGUACUGGGAGAACCGGACGACGUGCAGCAAGUGCCCGGAGAACACCAAGGUCGAGGGGAACAACAUCGGGAUCGAGGCCUGCGUGUGCAGAGCGGGUUACUACCGAGAGGGCGUGAGUGUGGCGGGGCCGUGCCGGGAGUGCCCCGUGGGGCUGAACUGCAGCGGGGGCGCCGCGCCGCCGUGCGCGACGGCUGGGUACUGGAUGGACGAGGGGACCAAGAGCGUGUACGAGUGCGACCCGGGGUUCAUAUGCAGGGGAGAGUGCGGGGAGCAGUGCAUCGAGGAAGGCUACUUCGUCCUCAUGCGCAGGUGCUACAAGUGCAUCUCUUCCGCAGCCGUGAUCGCGAUGAUGGUGGUACUGGUGGUGGCCUGGUACGUCAUUAACAUAGUGGUCUCCAGGAACGUUGCCUCCCUCGACAUCAUGCUGUCCUGGGCCCAAUUAGCAAACGUUCUUGGUGAAGUGGACCUGAAUUGGCCCAAGAGACUCACGCAAGUGUUCAGCGUCGCCAGCGUGCUGGACUUCGAUGUCGACAUCCUCUCGCCCAGCUGCCUCCUGCCAUGGUCCUUCACGCACAGCGUCGUUGCUCAGCUGGCCCUCCCCUUGGUCAUGACGUCCAUGAGGGUCAUGGGAUACCUGCUGUCCCGGCUGGCAUUGCAGGCAUACGAAAACGCCAACUAUCCACAGAGGAAGCGGCUCAUGUCCCUCAGCUGGCUGGUUGAAAUCCCAGAGAGCACAAAGCAGCUCAAUGCCAAUUGGGAUCUGUGCAUCGCGGCAUUCCUCUCAUCCCUAGACGUCACUUACAUCACUGUCACCAAGUACAGUUUCAGCGCUUUCAAAUGCAGGGAAAUCGGUGGUGUGUCAGUCCUGCAGGCCAGUUUGGAUAUAGUCUGCGGCUCCAGGGAGCAUUUCAUCAUCCAAUGCCUUGGGGUGUUCGGGAUGUUGGCCUACAGCGGGGGCUUCCUGGCCUUUGUGGGCUGGAAGAUAUGGAACCUCCACAGGCAACAGUCCCUGCAGGAGCCUGUGAACCUACGGCGGUACGGCUGGUUGUACCGCCGAUUCGAGCUUGACUACUUCUGGACCAGCCUUGUGGCUGUGUCCAGGAAGCUGCUCUUCAUGCUGGUGUUGGUGUGCCUAAGCAGCCCUGCCUUCCAGGCCUUUGCCCUGGCCAUCAUCAUCAACGGCUCGCUGAUGCUUCACAUGAUCACUGCCCCAUACGUGGACACUCAUUUCGACCUGCUCUUCAGCUUCCUGCUGCUGGCCCUAAUGUCAGUUGCCUUUGGCGGGGCCAUGUUCUACAGUGACAACCUUCCACCUUCAAACAGGGUCAUCUUGGAGUGGCUCGUGCUGUCCGCCCUCUUCAUUAUGGUGGUUGUGUUUGCUGUCAUAUUUGUGUUGGAGAUGAGGUCCAUGUAUCAUGUCCAUAGACUUAGGAAACGCCACCGGCACAUACUUCUGAGGACUGGAAGACACUCGCAGAAAUGGAGCCACAUUGGCGCCAGUUCCAAGAAGGAUCAUCGUUGCCAGAUCAGCGAUGAGCUUUUAAUGACGUUCAACCCUGGAUUCCUGUACAAAGCGCUGAUCAAGAACCCAGAGAACAUGGUCGCCUGGGACAAACUCACCGACAUGCUCAAGGACUUCAUGUCCGACCAGUCUGAGACGUCCUACCUGUCCAUGGACAACGUGGCGGACUUCUGGCGCAAGCUCGUGGAGCGCUUUCCGGAGCUGGUGGAUUUUUUGGCUGUCACUGACGACGCCUCCAGGGGGUCCUUUCUGAAGUUUGCGACGGCCCUGUACACAGACUUCUACUUGAAAAAGAAAGUGGAGCAGCUGCCCCUGAACAGCGUGCUGAACUGGCGGGACAGGCCUGCACUGGCGCACUGGCUGGCCAUUGCGAACGACGAUGAGCGGGAGUUGUUCACGGGGUUCAUGGCAAAGCUCUUUCGCAGCAGCCAGGGAGAGAAGGCGGCACAGCUGCUGCAGAUGUCGAAAGUGGGACAAAGCGCGGAAAAGAUCGGCGCCGAGCGCUCGUGCCGGGCGCUGAAGAAACGAGUGAGCUCCAAACACUACGAUGGUAUCAUGAAAGAGAUCAACGAUGGCAAGGGGCCACUCACGCACUCAGCCAUGGCCAGAAGGAGACACCCGCCAGGGUGUGGCUGUUCCUCCAGAAUUGCUGGCAACAUCAAGUCAGAUUCUGUCAAGGAACUGGUGGACGUCGUGACAUACAACCCAUUGUUUCGAAUCGAACCCAACAUGGAAGGCGAGAACCAGCAAGGGGACAUACACGCUUUUGGGGAAAGCCACCCCUACACAAUCAACGAAGAGGGCGAGGACUGGGCGAAAGUGUCUAUCGCUUCCCUUGGGUCCCAACCUUCCCUUGGGACGCACGAAUCGUCGUUCAGCUUCCGGUCUCCUUCUGAUCCCCAGGAGAUGGCUAGCAUGUCUUCCCCCCCUGGCGGUGAACCUGAAUGA